AUGUCAUUUCAUGGACCAACAAUAAAUGUACGUACAACCACGACGACAACUAUUCCUUCUUCUUCCCAAACAGGAUCUUCAAAUGGAAAUAGAAGAGUCACCAUUCCGUCGUUUGAAGAAUGGAAAAAACAAAUACGACAUAGUGAAGAAACGAAUGAUAACAAUAAAAAACCCAAAAGAAAAUCGACACGUGGCGCACCAAAUCGAGGACAAGAAAUGAUUGAUAGCGUGGAUGGUGGUUUUUCCGAUGAUGUUGGAUCAGUAUUCGAUAAUGGAGAUCCCAAUGGACCUGUUUCGACUGCAGAAAAUACGUACGAAGAAGGGGAAUAUAUUGCACCUCAGAAACGACAACAAGAUCAACAACAAUCUAACAAGAAACAAUUUGCCAAGGUACCUCUCAAAUCUCUCAAGGAACGAUUCAACUAUGCCUGGACUAUCUGUGCUGCCACUGUGCGUGAUGUGAACAAGGAAGCCAGAGGUGCACAAUCUAUCUUAUUUGAAUCUAAGGAUCAAUAUCUUUUGAACAAAUGCUCAGCAGAUAAGUUCGUCAUCAUCAAUCUCUGUGAAGAAAUCCUGAUUGAUACAAUUGUUUUGGCCAACUUUGAAUUCUUCUCAAGUACUUUUAAGGAUUUCCGUGUCUAUGUUUCCAAUACUUAUCCCACCAAGGAUUGGCAGUUAUUAGGUCAAUGGCAAGCUAGAAAUACUCGUGAUUUACAGGUAUUUAAAGUACAAGAUAGUAUUGGAUGGUUCGAAUAUAUGAAGAUUGAAUUCUUGACGCACUAUGGUAAUGAAUACUACUGUCCUUUAUCUUUGGUGCGUGUCCAUGGAAUGCCGAUGAUGGAAUACUAUAAUGCUGUGGAAAGUCAAGGAUUAUUUGGUAAUGGAGAAAUCGAAAGUGUCAGUGAUCAACAUCUAUGGCCAGCAGACGUACGCGAAGAUAUUAUUCAUCCUCAAAUUGUUACCAACACUUCUGAAUGGUUUCCUUCCAAAGAAGAUAUGGAUUUCGAUGAUGAUGUUGAUACCGAAGACAAUGGGACCAACGACAAGAAUAUAACAACUGCAUUAUCAGUGGAUGGCGAUAUACAUAACGAUGGAACAACAAUAACAGCAACAACAGCAACAACAACGACAACGAUACUACCAACAACGGAUGUGACAGACGCUAUACCCUCUUUCUCAAAUGAUACUCGUAUGUUACCUGACAAUAUCAGCAAUUCAACAGAUCAAAAAAAUGGUGCAAAUACCAUCUAUCCUUCAAUAGUAUCCCCAUCUACCGUAACAGCAACAGCAACCAGCAUCAACAACAUGGAUGACAACCGACCCAAAAACGUCCCCAAUAUACACAACAAAGAACCAUCUACUCAAGAAUCUAUAUACAAGAUCAUCAUGAAACGCUUAAAUGCUUUGGAAGCCAAUGCCACACUAUCACAACGCUACAUGGAUGAACAAAACAAUAUGCUCAAUGAUGUAUUUACUGAAAUGGAAAAAAGACAUCAAGAUCAACUUAUUUAUGUUUUGGAUCGAUUGAAUGAAACAGCUAGUAAUCGAAUUGAUGGAAUGGUAAGAACAAUAUUAUCAAAUUUAAAAAUAGAUUCACUCAACCCAUUUUUUUUAUAUAUAUAG